GAUGUGUGGUGGGCCCUGAGAUUUGGGAAUUUUCCGUUUUCUUGUCGUCCCCGCGAAUGUAAAAAUUUGAUAAUCGGAGUGUUUAUUUUGAGGUUUUUUCCUGUGGGGUAGUCCACGUUUAUACCGCCAAGCCCAAAGUUUAACGCUCUUGUGCGGAGGAAAUGUGGUUCCGGUCCAUUCGAUUUCAGGCAACCUUUGCGGCCGCCGCGCGCUACUUCUCGGUGACUGCGAAUGCAGAGAAGGCUGUUGGGAGCGGAUUCGCAACUACGAGAACAGGUGGCGGGACAGACACACUGGGAAGAAGACUAUUUAGUCUGGUGUACGCCGAACGCAGUGCAGUAAUUGCAAUAGAGAAGUGGAAAGCAGAGGGCCAAAAGGUACAAAAGUAUCAGCUUAAUCGAAUUGUUAGAGAGCUCCGAAAGCUCAAGCGGUAUAAGCACGCACUCGAGAUUUGUGAAUGGAUGACACAACAGCAAGGUAUCAAGCUCAUGCCAGGUGACUAUGCUGUGCAUUUGGACUUGAUUGCAAAGGUUCGAGGUCUAAGUAGUGCAGAGAAGUUUUUUGAGGAUCUCCCAGAUAAAAUGAGAGGCUGGCAGACCUGUACUGCUCUUCUUCAUACUUACGUCAACAAUAAGUUGCUUGAAAAGGCUGAGGCUUUAAUGGAGAAAAUGUCUGAAUGUGAUUUCUUGAAGAAUCACCUUCCUUACAACCGCAUGCUAUGUCUUUAUGUGGCAAAUGGGCAAUUGGAGAAGGUUCCUGAAGUCAUUAAGGAGUUGAAGAAAAAAACUUCACCAGAUGUUGUUACUUACAAUGUGUGGCUGAGUGCAUGUGCCUCACAAAAUGAUGUUGAAACUGCAAAAGAAGUCUUUAUGGAGAUGAAGAAAGCAAAAGUUGAUCCGGAUUGGAUGACUUUUAGCACAUUAACUAACUUAUAUGUAAAAAACCAACUCCUUCAAGAUGCAGCAUCUACUUUGAAAGAGAUGGAGAAGAUGGCUUCACGGAAAAAUAGACCUGCUUAUUCUUCCCUCCUCAGUUUGCAUGCAAACAUGAGAGAUAGGAAUGGUGUAUGCCGAAUCUGGAAUAAAAUGAAAUCAUGCUUUUGUAAAAUGAAUGAUGCUGAAUACAUUUGUAUGAUGUGUUCCCUUGUGAAACUUGAGGAGAUUGAGGAAGCAGAGAAUAUUUACUCUGAGUGGGAGUCAGUUUCUGGACAUGGUGAUCCCCAGAUCCCAAACAUACUGCUUGCAGCUUAUAUUAAUAGAAACCAGAUGGAACAAGCUCAAAGCCUACACCAUCGCAUGGUACAGAAGGGUAUUCGUCCUUGUUACACUACUUGGAAGCUUCUUACAUGGGGCCAUUUGAAAUCAAAGCAGAUGGAAAAAGUUUUAGAUUGCUUUAAAAAAGUCAUAGGCAGUGCUAAAAAAUGGAGUCCUGACGAAAAGUUGAUUUCAGAAAUAUUUAGGAAUCUUGAGGAGAAAGGGAAUGUUGAAGGAGCAGGGGAAUUUUUUGUGUUGCUUCGAAACGCUGGCCAUGAAAGUACAGAGGUAUAUAAUUCCCUCCUACGAACUUAUGCUAAAGCAGGUAAAAUGCCUUUAUUAGUUGCAGAGCAUAUGAAGAAAGAUAAUGUUGAGUUAAAUGAAGAAACACACAGGCUUCUACAAAUUACUAGCAACAUGUGUAUAAGUGAAGUCUCAAGUCCUGUGUUUUGAUGAAACAGAAAAACUUUGUCAGAUAACUGGAACAUUUGGAAGCUUGUUUUUAAUAUUAUAUUUUCUAGUUUGAUUGCUUCUGUUGGCAAUGGAUGACAAUUUGAGAAAUCAAAUGACAAAAAGGAGUUAUACUGCGGGUUGAGCACUUAAAGUUCAAUUGCAGAAAGAAGAGAGACUCUUGUACGCAUUAGGAGAUUUAUUGUUAAGAAGAAGAAGAAGGAGAAGAGUUAGCAGACUUGACAUGCUGUUUUGAAUUUGUACAUCAGGAAGCCAGGAGAUGACAUUGAGCUAAAGUCUUCAAGCUGCAUUGGUUGUCCGUUAUAAAUUUCCAGGAUCCUAGCGCCCUAUGAAGCCCUUCUAUUUGUGGACCAUCCUUAUUAGGGGUAAUUAGUUAUCUGAUCAUCUUAUUCUGAACCUUAUCACUUAAUCUGAUUGAACAACUAUUUUACAUGGUGGAUUCUUGUACUGUUGUUUCAAUAUUCAACCAGAUUAUACCCAAUCAGAUA